AGCUGGACGAGUCCAUUUCAUCGCUAGUAACGGUGAUGAUGCGAGUGGCAGAAUAGGCGUUUGGUGUUCGAUGGAGGAAUGAUGAUCAGGUGCCUAUUUUCGGUUCAAGUUGACCCGCAAGUUGCCGAAAACUAUCGUAACGCUUAAUUUUUGCUCUACGCCUGCAUACUCAAUAACAUGUGAUUUCGUGUUACUCAGUUUGGACUUGUACUUUUGUUUAUUCGCAGAUGGUUUUGAUAUUACAUGGUAGUCUUUUUAUAAGUUACUAAUCGAUAAAACAUCUGCGUGGACCAAUAUUUGAGCAUGAGUCGUCUGCAUCCGUGUGUUUUGUACGAGAUCGUGUAUCCAGUGGAAUAAACCUGGAGGAAGGAGAGAAUCAGAUCACAUUUUGAGCGGAGACUUACCUCAUCCAUGACAAUGUCAGCAUCUGGCUGCAAGUUGGUAUGAAGUUAAUUGAUAAGAUGGCCAGCUGCAGCGUCACUCUGGAACAAAACCAUCCAAGAAGCCCUUGCAUUAAAAUAACAAAAGCACCGAAUAAGCCAUCCUCACCUAUACGCCAUAUCUGUGAUCAGUCUCAUUGUACUCCCCCUGAUGCGAUACGAACAGAGACGAUAGAAACCAUGGUUUGUCAGAAAACAGAGUCUGAUCAGCUCCUGGAUACCAUCCCAGAAGAAACAACAGAGUCAUCUGCAGCAAAAGAAGGCAAUGAUAAUCAGAGCCUUGUGGUCUCCGAUGCUGUUAUUUGUACCAAAACAGAAUCAGAUCACCUUCUUGAUCCACUCCCAGAAGGCAUUGCAGAUAAAUGGAAGCCGCUCUUCGAUAAGUUUGAUGUGGAUGGGAACGGUGUGAUCAGCAUGGAAGCUUUCCAGGUAAUCCUUUACAAGUAUGGUCUUCGGGAGGAUCUAGAUCCGCACAAGAGAGAAGUCUUGGAAACAACCAUAGAAGAGAACACUGGUGGUGUCAUCAGCUAUCAGGAGUUUGUUAACAUUAUGAGUGAUAAGAGAUCACUCAGUUUUUCCAUUGCCGUCCGGUCACGCUACGAAGAAUGUGAGAGCGAUUGCAUCGAUGGUAGCAAGGUUGGUUUUAAGAAAGAGGACUACCGCACCCUGACCUAUCAACAGCGAUUUCUCAAGAUGGUCGCCGACGAGAUCCUCACCAACGAGACCGACCGCAAUUACUUUCGAUGCAACUUUUCCUGGUGUCUUCCGCCUAUCCUAAUCUUCUUGGUCACGUGGAUUGAGCUAGGUUUCUACAUAGGAGUAACAAUGAAUGCAACUCGAGCUGACACUAACUCAUCCACGAGGGCAGCAGAUAUCUGGACGGGGCCACUACCAAAGAACAGCUGGCUAGUAUUUGAUCCAGACAAGAGAAUACAGUUUUGGAGAUUUUUUUCAUAUAUUCUUUUACAUGGAGGCAUAGAACAUAUAAUCUUCAACUUUUCUGUCCAAAUGUUAUUGGGAGUACCCUUAGAAAUGGUCCAUGGGACCAGGAGAAUCGGAACCCUCUACCUCAUAAGCAUAGCCGCUGGUUCAAUGGGUACAUCAGUAUUUGACAGAAGAAGUUUUCUUAUGGGGGCAUCGGCUGGUUCCUAUGCCCUCUUAUCAGCUCACCUUGCCAAUGUAGCCCUUCAUUUUUCAGAUUCAAAAUUGAGUCCUCAAAGAAUAGCAGUUGUUAUAGUAUGUGUAAGCGCUGACUUCGGCCUUGCUGUUUAUCGGAGAUACUCUGGUUUACGCACAGCUGCUUCUUUCGUUGCGCAUCUCAUGGGGAUCACGAUUGGUCUUACGAUAGGCCUAUUUAUUCUUAAAAACUAUGAACAGCGCUUGCAUGAACGACUCGGUAUGUGGCUGGCUAUGGUAGUCUAUAUCCUCUUCAUUCUCUUUGUCGUGUUUUGGAACAUUUUUUACAAGCCUGGUCCAGCCGUAUAGCCAAGGGAUAACAACGAUGAUUAGGAAAGUAAGGACCAAAAACACUUAAGUCUGGUUGUCUCUGAGCUUCUCUGGGGAGGAUUUUUGCAGACGUCUUCAGACUAGAUGCAAGGCUUGUCUGUUCAUCAUGCUGUCUCUUCUUUUAUUUGCAAGUAUUGAUAUGAGAUAUAGAAGGUAGAUAUUUCAGUACACUCUUGUGACCAAAAAGUACAUUUAUAAGUGUUUGUGUCAGGAACGACUUUAUUCAUGCAAGACCAAAGUACUAGUUCAGUAUCUAGUCUUAAAGAAUGCUUUUUGUUAAGUGGUGUGUGGAUUAUCUUGCAACUGACUGAACAUUUUGCUUGAAAAUUUUCAAUAAGAUACCACUAAGUUGCUAAUGUGAUGAAAACAAAAGUGCACAGAAAAAGUUUGUUUUCAACAUUUUGUUGAAGGACCAAAUAGUGUUUAACUUAAGGUGAACAAGGUUCAAAGAAAUAGACCUGUUUCUGUUUUGUAUAAUGAAUCUCUCAUCAUCCAAAGGUUUUCUACCAAAUCAUGAAUUAUUGAAAAAAGGUAUGAUUCAUUCACUAUUAAGCACAAGGUUCUGGACAAUUAAAAGAAAGCACAUGAGCAUCUUGAAAGGGAUUUUUUGCUGGUCAUAGUUCGAGACACAUAUUUUCUCUCAUCUGUGAUGAAGAGUCUAUUUAUUCAUUAAUUUAUUGAUUUACACAUUUAUAUUUGAUAUAUGUGCUGUAUGCCUGUAUAUUUAUUUAUUGUAACCCCAAGGCUCUUAUGAGGAGUUGAAGCCAAUUUGGACAGAGUGAAUUCUUCAAGGUGUUCCAUUCUUUACCCAAGCUUGUAAUGCUAUAGGAUGGGACAGCACCAAUGGAAAUCACUGUACUAGCUUUGGGAUUGGUCGCUUGAAGCCAUUCUAUCUCUGAUACUUUGCCUAUCUUUUGCGAGUAAAAGUGUUGUGCUUAUGCACCUUAACAAUAUCAUGAGUUAUAUGCAGCAUUUACCAGGAAUCCUGCUCACCAUAUUCUGCCCAAUCCUGGAAUGUCUGUACAGACAAAAACAAUUGGAGUGGAGGUGCACAGUAUCGGCAUUAAGUGGGAAGUUUUCCCUUUUGACAUGUGAAUAGGGAGAUGGCAAUGUACAUAUGAUUCAAGAAAAAAAAAUCCAUUAUGAAAUGAUAAUGGAUAUACCUAAAAAUUCUUUGUGUCAAUUAACGAAUAGGAACAUUAUUUUCAUCCUAGAUGAGGGGAGGAUACAAGUUACCUUGAGAUAACCUUAAAAGCCACACCUUUCCAUCCGAUCGAGGUAUACACAUAUACAGUUGAAAGUAUGGUGUGGUAGGGUUCAGGAGGUCACAUAGGACCCAUUUAAAAACCCAGGUUGGACAGUUCUUUAUCGAAAUUGAGGAGUUUGGGAGCAUCAAUGGCAGACUGGGGAAGCUUAUUCCAUCUGUUUAUUACACUUUUGGUUAGUUUAUCUGCUGUGAAACUGGAUCGAAGUUUAAAAUGAU